GCCGCCCUGGCUCUCGAGCUGUGAGACUUUCCGGCAUGCCACGCAAUGGUCUGCUUCUGUGCAAGCUGGAGACAUACUGUGGAUCCCUGCCGGAUGGUUCCACACCCUCAAAAGCAAGGAGGGCUCGGCGGCGGUGUCCAUUUUCAAUCGAGGCAUGACGGUUGUGCCCGAGCUUGUCGUCUCUUUGCUUGGCUCCCACUUGUUCCAGGCGUUUCGGGAGUCUGCCGAGUUGGACGAUGCCCAGGAUGCGCUGGCGGAUGAAAUUCUGCGUGCGCAUCCGGAUCUAGAUGGCGUGGAUCAGUCGGAGGAGUCAAACGUUGGCGAAGCCGCAGCGAACAUGCGCUUGGCCCAGAAACUGGAGGAGCAGCUGCAUAAAUUGCGACCGACUGGGUCGAACAUCUCAUUGCCGUCUGGGAGUUUUUUGAGUGAAGCGCUGGCAGCAGAACCACAACUGGAGUUGCUUGCAGCCGCCUUGCGCAGGAAGGAGGAACUGCUGCAGGACUUGAGCAGCCUAAGUCCAAGCAGAGCUCAUUUGGCCAU